CACAUAUCACAUUCUGUGAAAUAUUACGUCACAUGCCGGCUUGCUCUUGAUAGUUGCUUGGCUGCUAUAUCUGACUAUACUUAUACACAGCUCGCAUCGAGUAUUGUAUGCAUGCCGGGGUUUGAAGGAUAUUUUUCUAAUUCUCAUUGAAAAAAAAGUAACGUGGGCAUUUGUAAUCUAAGAAUAAAGAAAGGUUUGGAGUUGAAAAGUAUUGAGAGUGCGUAAAGUAAAAUGGGAGUGCCAAAAUUUUACCGUUUUAUAAGUGAUAGAUAUCCGUGUAUCAACAAAAUCGUUAAGGAAUAUGAGAUUCCUGAAUAUGACAAUUUAUAUCUGGAUAUGAAUAGUAUGAUUCAUUCUUGUGCUCAUCCAAGUGAUUCAGAUGUGCACUUUCGAAUUGGAAAGAAAGAAUUUUCUGAUGAGGAUAUAUAUCAAAAUGUUUGUCGUUAUAUUGAAAUCAUAUUUUCUAUUGUUAAACCCAUUGAUUUAAUGUAUUUAGCAUUUGAUGGUGUUGCUCCAAGAGCAAAGAUGAAUCAGCAGCGGGGUCAUCGUUUUAGAUAUGCAAAAGUUGUUAAUGAGGCACUUAUAAAAAAUCAAGUGAUUCCAGAAGAUACACUUUUUGAUGCAAAUUGUAUAACGACAGGAACUGUCUUUAUGGAUGAACUCAUAUGUCAUGUAAGACAUUUUGUAGCUUACAAAAUCUCCACUGAUUCCGCUUGGCAAAAGUGUAAAAUUUUUGUUAGUGGACCAGAGGUACCUGGUGAAGGAGAACAUAAAAUUAUGGAGUUCAUAAGAUAUAACAAAGCUCAGCCAAAUUAUAAUCAAAAUACAAGACAUUGUUUACACAGUAUUGAUGCUGAUUUAAUAAUUCUUGGUUUAUGUACUCACGAGCCUCAUUUUUCAUUACUAAGAGAAAAAGUAACUUUUGGCAAAAGAAUGGACAUGAUAACACCAGAAGAAUCUGAUUUUGAUUUAUUACACUUAUCAUUAUUGAGGCAAUAUUUAGAAUAUGAGUUUGCACCAAUCAAAUCAAAAUUAACAUUUUCAUUUGAUUUGGAAAAAAUUAUAGAUGAUUAUGUAUUGAUUGGAUUUUUAGUAGGAAAUGACUUUAUUCCUCAAUUACCAAAUUUAAAUAUUGUUGAUGGAGCGCUACCACUUCUCUAUCAAGUAUACAGGAAAGUUUUACCUACUUUAGAUGGGUAUAUCAAUGAAUGCGGCGAGUUAAAUGUAAAACGUUUAAAAAUUUAUAUUUCUAUGCUUUCUGAAUCUUACACCAAUUUAUCCAAGCCUUGUAAAAUACCAGAGUUUCUCGCCAAUGAACUUGAAUCUGAAAAUAAUAAUUUCAACAGUGCCUCUCAAACAGUAGAAAAAGAUGUUAGUAAUGCAAUAAAAUCUGCAGAGGGUGAAGAUCUUGAAAAUAGGAAAAUACCAAGUAAAGCAGAACCUAGAUCUGAAGAUAAUAAUUCCAAUGAUGACAGUCAAAUAAAGGUGAAUGAUAUUAGUAAUACUAUGAAACUUGUAGCGGAUGAUGAUAUUAAAAGUAGAAGAAUAUUAAUUGAGAAUGCCUUCAAAGAGCUCGACCUGGAUUAUAAUUUUAAAGAAAAUGUAUUGUUUGAAAACCCUAUUUUUAAUCUUUGUAUGGAAGAGUACUACAAAGAAAAAUUUAAAAUUCAUCAAGUUGAUAAAACAGAGAUAUUGGUUCUUGUACAACAGUAUGUAAAAGCAAUACAAUGGACCCUUAAAUACUAUUAUCAAGGUUGUUGUAGUUGGUCGUGGUAUUAUCCUUACCAUUAUGCUCCACUUACUACCGACUUUCAUUUAUUACAAAGUGUCACGUUUGAUUUCAUUAUGGAUACUCCAUUUCUUCCUCUGCAACAUUUACUAGCAGUUUUGCCUCCAGCAAAUGUUCAUUUAUUACCAAAACCAUUGCAGUUCCUUUUAAUAAAUGAGAAAUCUCCAAUAAUCGACUUUUAUCCUAAAGAUUUUGAAAUUGAUUUAAAUGGCAAAACUAAUGAUUGGGAAUCAAUUGUGCUAAUACCUUUCAUUGAUGAAAACAGAUUAAAGAAAGCAAUGGAGCCUUAUAUGAAAAAUUUGAGUUUUAAGGAACAAAAGCGAAAUUUUAGUGGUCAAACAUAUACUUUUACUUACGUAAAAAAUAGUUUAGGGCAAUAUCCUGUAGAAACAAUUUUUGGUUCGUUUGAAAAUCAUGCUCAUAUAUUGCUAAAGAAUACGUAUCUAUCAAAGGACAAGUUAAUUUCAGGAUUAUGCUCUGAAGUUUCUUUCGAUCUGAGUUUUCCGGGUUUCCCAACAUUAAAACAUAUUCCUCAUUCAGUUACACUUUCACAGGAACAAUCAAAAUUCAACACUCAUAAACCAAUUAAAAUUGAACGCAUGAUUUUACGCGUAUUGCCUAAAAAGGAACCUGCCCUUGAAGAUUUGGCCAAAGAAUUUUUAGGACAGAAUGUUUAUGUAUGCUGGCCCUAUAUAAAGGAAGCUCAUAUUAUUGGUGUUACAGAUUUCAAAAGAAAAAUUAUGUUGAUAAAUUUUUGGAAAGAAUACACCGAAGAUAAUGUAAAAAAUGAUGAACUGGUACAAUCUGCUGUAACACAGUUACAUCAAGAAACAAAAUUAAUAACUGAUGGGUAUAAGAAUCUUUUUGGAAUUGAAAUUGGAAAAACGAAUAUUUUAUUUUAUCUGUUUCCUUUAAUGGGUAAAAAAUAUACAUAUAUGAAUAACGGCAAAAUACAGUUACAAACAAAAUGGAGUCAAUUAUCAAAAUUGUUUCCUAGCCAUCUCAUAGUAAAAGAGAAGAUAAAAAGACAUAAUUUCACUUUGUAUAAAUCUGUUGAUGAUCUUUUCUUUAAUGGAUCUGCAUGUUUUAUGAUAAGCCAACCAAAUUAUGGAGCAAAAGGAGAAAUAAAAGGUAUAGGAAGUCAACAUCUUGUUCACAUUGUGCUAGAAUCGUCUUCACAACCAAAUUUUUCAUCGUGUAAUGGAAAAUUCUUUGUUGCUAAUAAUACUUACGUGACUUGUAAUGAAGUUUCUAAAAAACUGAAAAUAAAUUCUAUUUUGAUAAGUAGAAUUACUGGAUCUUUAAUAGUAACAGAGGUUCAUGAUAAUUCAAAAUAUCAUGAUAUCGGUCUUCGUAUAAAAUAUCCAAAGCAUAAUAAAGAGUUAUUUAAUUACACAAAGAAGGAUAAUAAUGGGUGGUUAUACAGCGAUAAAGCUAUAAAGUUGAUUGAAAGUUACAUAAAUACAUUCCCUUAUAUUUUUGAAAAUUUAAAUAAAAAUAUGAAAUUAAUUUCAUUCACAGUGUCGGACUUAUUUCCAAAUGGUUUGACGCAAUUGCAUUCUUUAAAAGUAUGGCUAUCUGAACAGAAAAUUCAUUACACAACAUUUUUAGAAUGUCAUACAAAAACGCUUGGGCUAAAUGGAGUCCCUGAAUUAGAAAAGCACAUUGCAGAUUUUUAUUCAAAAGAAGAUAAACACGUGGUGUCAAUGCAAGUGAAAGCUCAAUCUUUGUUUGUUCCUGGAACAAUUACGGGUUUAGUACCUCCCGAUUUCAAAGCUGAACAUAAGUUGCUCGACAGAAUUAUCUGUGUAAAAAAUAACUUCACAGUUCCUUUUGGCUUAAGAGGUACCAUAAUAGGUAUACAAGAGAAACCCGAGAAAUGCAAAUUUGUGUAUGAAGUUUUAUUUGAUUCGCCCUUUACAGGUGGUUUAACAUUGUAUGAAAGUUCUGAGCAUAAAUGUUACAGACUCAUGGUGACAGAUUUUAUUAAUAUCAGUUUUGGCCUACGUAAUUCACAAAAUCAAAUAAGUUCUAAUAAUCCAAAAAAAAAAAUUAUAAAUAAUACAAAAAUCAACAAAGACAAUUACAAUAAAUUCAAGAAAAAUCCAAAAAAAGAAAAUAAAAGUAGCACUGUGGUCAAGACGGACAAUAAAUCAAAUAAUUCAGAACAAGUACCUCGGAAAAAUUUUCAAAGAAAAAAUCAUAAUAGUUUCAAGAAAACUGAUAAUACAAAAACAAGCAAAGAAUCUGAAGAUUGCCAUAGUUAUAAACUAAGUGAUUCUAACAGUCAUAUUAAAACAAAAAAUUCUCGCCCCGACGCAGAAACUCACCUCAAAUCUUGCAAUAAUAAUAAAUCAAAGAUCUCUGGCAAUAAAAUUGAAACAGGCAAUUCUCAACCCAGUAAUGCAGGUACUCGACCCAAGGUUCCUUUCCAUCAGAAGAAUAGAAACAAAUUUCAAGGCAAAAAAGUGCAAAAAACGUGUAAUAUAAAUAUACCAACGAAAGAUACAGAAUCCAAAAUAACUAAAACUGAACAAGGUAAAUUAACCAACAAUUUAAGUAAUCUAGAUGCCGAUCAAAAGUCAAUUAAUUCAAAUGAAAAUUAGAAGCAGUAAAUAAGAGAUAUCGGAAAUUUAUAUAUUUUUAUAAAAUUCAAAUUUACAUAAUUUUAAUUCCUUUAAAGUUUAAUGUAUACUAUAUAUUGAUACUAUAUUGUGCGAAAAGAAAUAUUAAAAUUUUUUAAUAAUUAUUAGAUAUCAUGAGGUAAUUUACUAUUUUCAUUGAUUUUUA